AUGUGGUCCUUCCAUCCGACUCCGGAGAAGCCAUUCGUGCUUGGUCUGCCAACAGGAUCAUCGCCCGAGGGCAUUUACAAGAAUCUGGUCAACGCGCACAAAAAGGGCGAGAUCUCCUUUCGAAAUGUCAUCACCUUCAACAUGGACGAGUACGUGGGCAUACAACGCGAACACCCGGAGUCGUAUCACAGCUUCAUGUACAAGCAUUUCUUCAGCCACGUAGACAUCGAUCCCGCGAAUAUCAACAUUCUGAAUGGUAAUGCUGAAGAUUUGGAAGAGGAGUGCAUUGCAUAUGAAGAGAAGAUCCGACGUGCAGGAGGCAUCGAGUUGUUUUUGGGCGGCAUUGGGCCGGAUGGGCACAUUGCAUUUAAUGAGCCUGGCUCGAGCUUGCAGAGCAGGACCAGAGUCAAGACUCUUGCCUACGACACCAUCAUUGCCAAUUCGCGCUUCUUCGACAACGAUGUGGACCUGGUUCCCAAGAUGGCCCUCACAGUAGGCAUUCAGACCGUCCUGGAUGCACGCGAAGUGGUCAUCAUCAUUACCGGUGCACAUAAGGCUCUUGCCCUCCAAAAGUGUAUAGAAGGUGGUGUCAAUCACAUGUGGACGCUCUCCUCGCUCCAAAUGCACCCUCACGCCAUGAUUGUCGUGGACGAAGAUGCAACGCUGGAAUUACAAGUCAAGACGGUGAAGUAUUUCAAGUCUAUCGAACAAGUUGCUGCUUCACAAGGCUUCGGACAAUUCCUGACUUCAGAGGAUGUCGUGCGGAAGAAGCGCGACUCGGUCCUGGAGAAACUCGACCAUUCCCGAAGUCCUACUAAUGCAUCUUUCACCAUUACACCCGAGGAGACGACUCCAAUCAGCGAUACUCCUGUCACUCUGGCUCCACCACCAGCAGCACCGCAAACAGAGAUGGCCCGAUCUGUGACGCCUGACCUGGUUCCCGAUUCCAUGCAUAACCGACUCCCCAAUCAACUCACCGCCAGCAAACUCGAUGGAUUGGAGGUGAAGGAUCUGCAACUCGCGGCGAUGCACGAGCGGGUGGACUCUGCUACAGCGGCUUAGUUGCUCUCUGUCAAUUCCAUCCUCUGAGCGAGAACCUAGAGUACUCUCUUGUCUAAGGUACCUUACAUACCUAAGGUAGUACAUUGGGGAAUAUGUAACAAACAGACAUCAAAUGUGCUACUACUGUACACUCGAAGAAGAAGAAGAAAAGACACAUGGUCUACUCACUACAUAUACUGAGGUGUGAGGAAGAGCUGUGAGCUACAACAUGGCUAGCUGGUGUUGGCCUAGCGUUGUCUUGGGUUCUAGGUACCGUAGCUUGGGAGGUACAUGUACCUACAUACCCGACUCAGCUACAACUUUUCUAAUGGAAGCUUCAAGUUGUUGAUC